AAUGGCGGAAAAAGAGAAGAAGCUGAAAGUAAAGGUAAAAUUGGAGCAAUCACCAUCUUCUAAGGAAAAAGCCGCUUCAAAUUCGUCCGAAUCGAAUCGUUCGUCUCUUAAAAGAAAAUUGGGAAAAGAUGAUACGUUUAGAACAAAGAAGGCUGGAGACGAAACGUCUGAUGAAGAAAAAGAAUGGCUAGAUGCUCUCGAAAAAGGAGAACUAGACGAUACUGGGCGAGUAAAGAAGGAAAAGGAUGUCUCAUUAAUGACGGCCAGGCAGAGGUCUAUGUUGACUAAAGAUGAUUUUGCUUUUGAACCGGAAGUUCCCAGCAUAGUAACUAAGUCAACAGGUAAAAACAUGACUGCUGAACAGCGACAGAGAAGAGCUCAAAAAAGGAGAGAACAAGCUCUGAAAAAGAGAGAAAAAGAGAAAAAAGAUACGAUAGAAAGACUUUUAAAAAAACAAGACACGAAAAGAAGCAAUCGAACGAAACACACUAAAAAGAAUAUGAAAGACAGCGUCAAAGUAAAAUAUACCACAGAAGCUAUAUGUAUAACGUUUCCACCUUCAAUGGAAAGUCCUUAUUUACCAAAGAAAAAAAUCGAGCAAGUACCGAUUCAAAGACUAUGUGAUAUGCCUGGUUGUUCGAACAAAAGAAAAUAUUCCUGUUCCAAAACGGGAAAAUCUCUGUGUAGCUUAGUUUGUUACAAAAAGAAUUGCAAGUCUUAG